GGCUGCACCGUGAUGAAUUAUGGGACAUAUGGUUUAAAGUAACGUUACUGCGGUUUGGUAAUUCUCCGAAUUUCCCUUAUCAACCAUCAUAUUUGUUGAGUGUAACGAGGACUACUCACCACGAAGUUGAUGAAAUGACCACGUGAAAUCAUCUCGCGCAUAACGAAUUUCGCGUUCGCUUAGGGGGAAAAAUUGAUGUGUCAGUGUAAGCUAGAAGUAGAAAUUUGACCCGAGAAACAGCAGAUGUAUAUGGACGUCUGAAGGGGGAAAAAAACUGGCGGUAACCACAACAAACCAGAUAACUACAGUGUUGCAGGGUUUCGUUGAGAAGGUUGAUUCAUACGCACGAACAGUUGAUGAACAACAAAGCAAUCGGCGUGUGUUUAUGUUUGUGUUACGUACAUUUAAUGAAUGAAUUGACCUGAAAAAAAGAAAAAAUCUGACGAGAUUUAUCCGCCAGGUCGCAGAAAAUGUAUGGAAAAUUUUUUGUGAGGUCUUGAAAGACAGAAAAAAUAGUGUAGCUGCAUCAUACCAGACUUAUCAUUAAAUAAGUGGUGAUUUAUAUACACAUGUAUAACUUGAAGAAAGAGUUUCCACGGAAAUCCACAUUCUGUGUAAUGCUACGGAGCAACGUGGUAAUUAGUAUGUGUAAAUGACGACCUAAACUGUGGAUGUAAAUACGAAAAACUUCGCUCACAUUCACACUUGCCGCGAUAACUAAAAAACAGCUGGAAUUAAUCAGUUAUAUUGUGGCACAUUAGUGAUCAAUGUCAGAAGACGUUGUGACUAUACUAACCCUAAAGGUGGAGUAUUUUUACUGAAAAUAUCUUUAUUUAUGUACCUGUAACUCAAUAGACUAAAAUAUAAUAAGAAUAAGAAACAGGAUCGAAAUAUUAGGCUAGUAGUAGGAAGAUGUUCAGACCACAAAACUAAAAAAAAAUUAGUUUUAAGUACAAUCAACAUUUUCAUUGUUUCAUGAGCAGCCUAGUUUAUUUUACUGAAGAUGGCCACAGCGUAUCAAAAUGAUCACUGGAUUCAGGAUGUAAAUGAUCAAUAUUCUGAACAAUUACUCGCUGUUAUCCAAGAGUUUCCUGACGCAGAAUCUGCCGAUAACGGCAACUCCAGAGGGCGGAAUCUUUCUGAAUCAACAUCUUCUAUAAAGUCCUUAUAUGGAGAGAAUAAAAGUAGUAUUAAAAGCAGUGAGCCAUUAGAAAGAAGUAGUUCGUUUAGCUUUUCGAACCGUUUUGGAAGUGAUCAAGACCUUUUCUAUUCUGGAAAUAGAAGAAGAUCUUUUACCAAAGUCCAUCUUGGAGGCCAGAAGCCUUGUAGAGUUGAGACUGUUUAUGUUGAUAAUGUAAGUUUGACUUCUGAAGUACAUGAUCCUUCAGACUAUUCUGAAUUCUCUUCGAUAAACCAAUUUGACGAAAAAGCAGCAAUUAAAGAAGAUGAGGAACAGAAAGGGAUCCAUGAUCCUCAAGAAACAAAUAUUAGAGCAAGAUCAAACGGUAAUAACAGUUGGAUAUCGAAACUAGGAAAUCAAAAACUUACCAACGGGAGCUUUGGCAGAAAAAAUACUGUUCCCAAAGAGAAUUACUACUGGUAUGUGUCUCCCUACGGACGACCAACAUGGCGAGACCACUUGGUGGGUGAUGCGAAUAGAUAUGAAGAUUCUUUGAAUAUUUGUUACAGACAGCAGUGGGCAGUUGGUCUUACCAGUUAUCAGUUCGAUAAGAUUUGUUAUAACUUAAGCCCAGCUAGACAGUGGUUCAAUGGUAUUCGAUCGUCUUCCACAAUUUCACUGACGAGUACUCCGUGUGAUGGUGUCUCAGAACUUUCCACUAAUUCUUUCGUUCGAUCAGUGGUCAUGGAUCGACAGAUAGAAGAGCAGAGAACAGAUGAGUCUUGGCCUGGACAGAGGCGAAAAGCGCGAUCCUUAUCUCCAGAAAGUCUCUUCUGGCGAAUAACUAACAGGUUUCGAAAAACUAGAGAUUCACGUGCACUCCGGGCUCGGAAGUAUCGUUCAGCAUCCGUAGAUCAUGUGUUUGGGAUAGAAGACCAGAAACAUAGUUCUAGGAACACGUUUACAAGUCAUGGACAGAACCAUGUCAACAGACCACCAUAUGGAACUGGUCCUCCACUGAAGCAGCUCCGAUCUUAUUCUGUCGACACUCAAAGCAGUUCUCAAUCCUCGCGCAACUUACGACAGAGGGCGUUUAGUGGGAAUGUUGGGGCAAAGAAAACUUCAAUAAGACGAGUUGAUGAUGAAGCACUGAAGAGAAGUCGUUCCCAUAGCAACCAGUAUGAACUAUCUCAAGAUCUGCUGGACAAACAGGUGGAGAUGCUUGAGAGAAAGUACGGUGGAGUCUGUGCACGUCAGGCAGCUUUAACUAUACAAAGAGCUUUUCGAAAACACUGCAUGGUGAAGCGAUUUCAAGAGCUAGCCCACCCUAACAAAAGUGAAAAGCGUUUGUCGAGACGGUUUCCCACUUAUGAUCUCGAAGGGAAAGACUGGAUGGUGUAUGCAGGAUCAGUAACAUCUGGUAAUCACAUGCCAUACACAACAGGAGUCAUCUAUAAUCCAGGCCAAGAGAUGUUGAAGGAAGGUUUUCAAGGCAGUUAUUCCACACCACAGAAUGUGGAUGAAGAUGUCAAAUCAAAUUUUGCUGCUCUCUUUCGUGAGCUGAGUGAAACUUUAGAAACUGAAAAUGGUAGGCCUUUAAAACCAGUGAGGUCAAUGAGCAUGAGAGAGAAAAAGACAUGUUACCCAACUGACUCGGAUCACUAUAGUGAGCCAUCAGCCAACUGUGUAUACACUAAAGGAAACACUUCCUCCUAUUCAAGUGGUCAAGUAAUAACUGUUCAACGAAACAAAGAUGUGCAUGUAGUGCCAUCUGGUGGCAGGUUAUGGACUCACAGUUCUGUAGAAUCUGGUCUUCCAGAAAGAGACAGUACAGUAAAUGACAAUGUCUACUACACAACUUAUACAGGUGGUGUGAGAUCUCCUUCUUCUAUUCCUAGACAUUCAACAAGUAAUGGUGUAAAACAUAUCAGUUCCUCCCAUAGUGCUCAUCUUGGACCCACAGUGUACCUUGUUCCUAGUCAAGUACCACCACCAACUGAAGAACACUAUUGUCCUCCUGGAGAGUCACUUUCUUCAGAGGAUAGUGGACUUGGUUCUAGUGGAUUGUGUAAAGGAUCAGUACCUGUUACGGACAAUUUUCUUGGAAACCGAGAAUCUCCUACAAGAAGAUCAGUCAAUGUUACAGUGGGUAUGACAAAACGAUCUCAGGAAGGGAUGCUUCAAAGAACUCCUAUAAGGUCAAGCGAUAUUGCAAUUGGAAGGAAAUGUAGUGUUGAGCAGAAAAAAAUUCCACCUCAGGUGCCUAAACGAACUUCUUCUAUUCCAAAUCGAGAGCUUAAAAGUCGAGCUGAUGGAAUUCAUUCUCCUACUCACUCAGUCCAGUCUUCUACCUCAAGCUCUGGAACCAGUGAAGGCAGCAUAGGAUGUGAUGUGACUCAGCAGUACAUACAAAACAGUCCACUUCCAGAAAAUGGUGAAAAGGGGAAAAUCCAAAGUAGAAUUUGUGGUAUGGAAGCAUCUCCUAUUUGGAAGAGAAAAUCUCUAGUCAUGGCUGAACAAGCACCAACUGGUGCUCGAUUAGAAGACAAACGAUUAAGUAAUAUAUCAGAAAAUAGUGAAGAUAGCUUAGAGAGUACUGGCUACUCUACAUCACCUCCAAUAUCAACGUCGGAUAUGUUACAGUCAUUCACAGGGGUAACUUACUCAGAUUCUGUUAACAGGACACCUCGUGACUUUCCCUCAAGUCCUCUUCUAUACAAAUCACAAAUUUCUGAAGUUCAAAGGAAGCGACAGUAUAGAGUGGGUUUAAACCUUUUCAACAAGAAGCCUGAAAAGGGAAUCCGCUACCUUAUUCAUCGUAGUUUCUUGGAGGCUAGUCCUAAAGCAGUAGCACGGUUUUUAAUUUCUCGGAAAGGUCUCAGUAAACAAAAUAUAGGAGAAUACCUUGGCAAUCUGCAAUGUCCAUUCAACAUGGCUGUUUUAGGGUGUUUUGUGGAGGAGAUGGACUUGGCUGGAAUGCAGGUUGAUGUUGCACUCCGCAGGUUUCAGACAUUUUUUCGCAUGCCUGGUGAGGCUCAAAAAUAAUUUUUAUAUAAUGUACUCAACCUUCUGUACAUCUUAAUAUGGAAUAGUGGGAAUACCAGUUUCAUUCUCUGAUAGUUGAAUGGGAGGUAUGACUGGAAGUUAUAUAUUGGUGAACCCGUAGCCUGUCUAUCCUUUUUGAUAAUGUUGUCAUUGGCCUCUGUGUUCCUUGAUUCUUAUCUGUUACAAGACACCACACUCAUACCAAGACUGGGGUAUAAAUUGUUGCAGGUCUCUUUCUGGAUGGUCCUCACGAUGCCCCAAGUUGAUCCAUACUUUGUUUUCCAACCACUAAGUACAAGGGUUAUCCUCAUUUUUGAAAUUCAAUUUUCUCGAUCUGUACACAUCUUUAUAAUAUGGGUGUAAGAAUACUUUAUGUUGAAAAGUAUUAUUAUAUACUUUUCCCAAAACUGUUCAACGUAAAACAAAAUGUUGUUCUGAUACAUACCUAACCACCAUGAUUUUAUAUUGGCUGUAAUUGUUGCAUCACUAGCUUAUCUGCAUAUCCAAAAUCAUUUUAAUAUAACAUAGCAUUUGAGGGAUAGCAAAGUGCCUCUUGGCCAGUCGUGGCUUUCCCAUUCAUUUCAAAACUCAUCUGUCUAUAUCCAGUCUCAACCUCACACAAACUCAAAAAGCCCUCUCUUGAACUCUCCCACACUGUUGCAUCUACAACAUCUGAAGGCAAUCAAUUCCAAAGAAAAGUGACCAUCCUAUUCAAAAAAUUAAAUUACUAAUUUGCAAACAACUUUCAUGCCAAAUCUUAAAUCUAUGUCCCCUAGUCCUACCUUUAAACACAAAAAAUGUUAUUCCAUUUAUAACACCUCAGUGAGAUCCAGUCUACCCUUCUUUACUCAAGAGAAAAUAAUUUUAAGAACCUUAACCUAUUUUCAUGUGACAGUCCUUCCAUCCCAGGGAUCAUCCUAGUAAUCCUUCUUUUAACCCUUCCUAACAACUAUAUAGGCCCGGCAUGGCCAGGUGGUUAGGGCGCUCGACUUGCAAUCC